CUAGCUCCCCCUAGUAACCCUUGGUGGCGUCUUCAACGAUAUCGCUAGCUAACCCAACGUUAGCUGAAGCAACAUUAUGGGUCUCCUGUCCAUUCUACGAAAAUUAAAAAGUGCCCCGGACCAGGAGGUGCGCAUCCUGUUACUGGGGUUAGAUAACGGAGGCAAAACCACUCUCCUCAAACAGCUGGCGUCUGAGGACAUUACCCACAUAACCCCAACACAGGGCUUCAACAUCAAAAGUGUGCAGUCCCAGGGCUUCAAGCUGAACGUUUGGGACAUUGGUGGUCAGCGUAAGAUUAGGCCUUACUGGAGAAACUACUUUGAAAACACAGAUGUGCUGAUUUAUGUAAUUGACAGCGCUGACCGAAAAAGAUUUGAAGAAACGGGACAGGAGCUGGCAGAGCUUCUGGAUGAAGAGAAGCUGAGUGGUGUCCCCAUCUUGAUCUUUGCCAACAAGCAGGACCUGCUGACUGCUGCCCCGGCCUCUGAGAUGGCAGAGGGCCUCAACUUGCACACCAUCCGGGACCGCAUUUGGCAGAUCCAGUCCUGCUCAGCCCUCACUGGUGAGGGGGUGCAGGAUGGCAUGAACUGGGUUUGCAAGAACGUCACCGCCAAGAAGAAAUAGUGACAGGCAGUUUCCUGUGGACUGGUCAAAGAAUGUUGAAACACAUACAUACACUCACACACACACACAUACACACGCACACACACACUAAACAAACAAUAAGAACUCUGGGAGGAUCUCGGAGUGAACAGCUGCAGCUGAUCCCAGCUGAUGGAAUAUGACCUGUGCUGGUGCAGCAGCUGUGGACGCCCAGGGAAGAGGAAGUUGGCAGCUGUCUGACCCCUCCUGCAACCCCCCCACCCCCACCCCAGCACUACCCCAACCGCAGAUGGACAACUGGCAAUGUCAGAAAUACUUUUGCUCCACAACUAUCGGCUAACUACGCUGUGUUGUCCCACACCCUGUUGUCUGUUUCAAUUUUAUGUCAAACUGUCUCUGCAGAGCUCUGUCUAUCACUCUCUUUCUCUUUUUCUCUCUCUCUCCAUCUCUCGGUUUCGAUCACUACCUCUGUCUCUUUUGAGCUGUCUCUGUCUUUCAUCAUUCAUUUUGAUAUUCUCGGCCUUAAAUGGAGUGCUGUGGUCGUCAGUGUUACUGCGUAUCCUCUUGAGUAUCAAAAAAGCAGCUGUGGUGUGCUGUGUACAUUGCAUAUGAAGUAUGAAGACUUGAGAGUGUGUGACUGUUGCAACAUUGUCAUUGCCAUGCCCACAAGAACGAUGUGACUUUUCUAAGCUCUCUAGAAGCAUUAGCAUAUGUGAUGUAUGUCUUGUGGGAGUGGGUUAGGUGCAUUUCUUUAGUUUGUUCAAAGACAUUGAAUCCUACUUUAAUUGUUAAUUCGUUUUUUAAAAAGAUACAGUACAUAUAUAUUUUGUGUGUGUGUAUACAUAUACACACACAUUUCUCACACUCAUGGGCACACACUUAUAUAGACAUUCAUUCAGUGCACUGUUGUGAUCCAAGCCCUGUGCAUCUGGUUGGAGGUGAAGAGUGAACGGGUGAGCCGCCGUUACAGCCACACUGUGUUUCAGCUGAGACCAAUGCCAGGGCGAGCUGCCUCUGUUCAUGUCAUGCACAUAUCUGCUGCAACUACAGCACUCUCAGAGUCCCAGCUCUCUCUCUCUCUUCCUCUCUCUUUCCCUCUGUCUCUCUUCCUCUCUCUUUCUCUCUCCCUCCCUCCUACCUUCCCUCCCUCCCCUGGGACUCAGAAAGGAGUGAAUGACUGACAGAUACCAUGGAAACAGGUCGAACAGACUACCUACCUAGCAUUUCUGGAACACUAGUGCACUAGUUUUCUGUGGAAGUUCCAUCAUUGCACAUUUUGAAUAUCUGUGUGCAUUGUGCAUGUAUGCAUGCAUGUGUGCAUUUUCCUGUGUUCCUGUAUACAUUUCCACAGUCACCUUAUAUAUGUUAACAUUCAUUACAUGUGGACCUUUCAGGUUUGAUUGUAAAUUCAAGAACACCUGUAUUUUAAACUGGACUGUAAAGUGAAAGUGCUUUUCUGUUUAUGCUUUUCUAAUGUUGUGUCUGUUGAGUAUCAUGAAUUAUUGCUUUGAAUGUGUGUGAUGUUUGCUUUGUUUCUGAAUAGUAUUUUAUAUGAAAUCAAGUGUGAUUUAUAAAAGAAAGAAUGAGGAUAUGCUUGGGUAUGUUUUCUGCUGGUCCCAAUAAAAUGUCAAACAGCA